GGAGCUGCAGUGUCCGCGUUUUUGACUUCUUUAGUCGUAAAACAACGCCGUGUGCCUCAGUAAGAUGAAAGCGCUGCACAGAGGAGACCUUGUCACAACAGAAGUCUGUUUGCCUGUGUGCAUUGUGCCCUUUGCCCACAGCUGUGGGACACAUGGAAAGGCUGUGGCUUUCAGUACGGUUCACCUGGCUCAGCUGGUGACAUCAUACAUGGUGACAUCAUGCCACGUGCCUGGAUGAAUGCUUGUCACAUGAGCAGGGCAAGGGUUUCUGUGGCUGAUGCUAAAUAUAGCAUAGGCUGUGAUUUUGUGCGUCGUGUUCCUGUUAUAAGAAAAAAAAAAUAGUGUGACAUGGCACCUUCUGGGAGCUGCUGAAGUCACAGGAAUUGCAAUUUGUGAGACGAGGUUCUAGGGUGGGUUAUGAAUCUCUUUUUUCCUUUCUUCUGGCUGAAUGUGAGCCAGCAGUGUGCCCAGGCAGCCAAGAAAGCCAAGGCAUCCUGGUUGUAUCAGCAGAAGUACACCCAGCAGCAGCAGGAGGUGAUCAUCCCUCUGUACUCAUCCUUGGUGAGGCCACACAUCAAGUGCAUUCACUUUGGGCUCCUCACUACAAGAAAGACACAGAGGACCUGAAGCAUGUCCAGACAAUGAGCUGCAAAGGAUCUGUGAAAGGUUGUUUUGUGCUGAUGAAGUGAGCUGACUGAGAGGCAGACAAGGUGCAUGAGGUGAGCAUGGCACAUAUCACCACAGUGGGAGAAACUGCCUUUCCCCCAUGCAGGCAGGCACAGACCACCAUCCCUACUUUUCAACUCUAAGCAUUAUUUACUUCUUUCUACAAGACUGGAUGAGAAGCUGAAACAAAUGGAUUUACAAACUUCCUCAGUAAUGCAGAAAUGCAAUUGAGCAAAACAUGGCCUGGGUAGCCUGAUCCGUGCACAAAAGGUUUGUGAUUGGUGCAGCACAGUUGUCUAGCUGUGUAUGGAAAGUAGUGCAGUAAUAGGGCUGAACCCUGUGCUUGAAGCAAUAGCAAUAUUGUUGCUUCUGCAAAACAAGAGUUAUUUUUCCCCUUUGUCCUAGAGUUGCAAUCACUUUUCUUAAUCUCAGGAGCUUUCUUCAUGUGGCUGACCAAUGGAUUUCAAACUCUAAAUCCCUUUUCUAUCUAGUAAACAGCAGCAUCUGGAAUAGACUCUUCUUAUUGCAAUUAAACUUGUAGGGCAACACUUAAGGGUAGAUGGAAAAUUAUUUCCAUUGUAUCAGUUCUCUUGACUAUUCCAGGAAUAUAUGUAUUCCUAUCAUCCCAAGUUUCCCAUUUUUCUUUGCUCUUUCCUCUUUGCAGCUCAACGAUGUGAUCUGUGAAGCUCAUGCAAGGUGUGUGCAAGGAGCUUAGUGGCUUGGCUGCUGGGUGGAGCUGGUCGGUGAUGCUGCUCCCAUGUAAGCUUGGGGCUGCUGCUGACGUGAGAGUACUUUGCCCCUUUGUGUAGAUCAGGGUUCCAUCCAGACCCCAAAACUCACCCAGUUUUGUGAGCAAACUCAAAACCCUGAAAUUGUGAAACCGAGUGAACAACUUGGAUUUUGAUUUUUUAAUAGUCCAAAUACCUUCUGCGUGUUCUCCACUCCCUAGGUCAGGGUUUGGUAACCUCUGACAAAUGAGACAAACCAGUUUUAAACAGCAUCUUGCAAGACACUUGUGUACCAUGGAAUAUUGCUGCUUCUUACCUACCAAUAGUCUGGAAACAAAUGGAGCCCUGUGGUAGUGCUCAUGUUGUUCAUCAGCUCAGGGAAGCAACUUUUCUCUGUUGUAAUACAGGCUGCUCCCCCAACAUCAGUGAGACAUGCAGCCCUCCACACAGCCUGGGGCUUUCACCCAGCAGCUAAGUGCACACCUUAGGAAUGUAUUGCAGUCAGUCCAUUUGUUUUCAUGAGUACCCUUAGGUAUUAAAAGAGAUCACACAUCACAUGCUCUUGCCAUUGCUUUCUUUUCAUUGGACAUUUGGGUUUGAGAUCUGUGUCAGACAGAUAAAAUGCAGAGGCCAGAAACAGGAGCAGAUUGGGAACAGCUAAGUGUUGGCUUGCUUUAGACGAGACCUCCAAACCUGUCCUGUGCAGCUGCUUUCUUGUGCCUUGAGCUCUUGGUUUUUUGCAGAAGUUAUGAAGAUAAAGGGAGAUGAGAGAUCGUUCUCUUUAAUGUUCAGAGGCUGCAGUUUCCUGCAGGUAUAUGAAGCUGGAGUGGUAAAGGCUUUGCAGGACUUGUCACCUGAGAUAUUGAAAUCUGCAUCCAAGAUCUACGGGAUAUCUUCAGGAUCGAUUGUGGCUGCAUUUGCAGCAUGUGAGUGUGAUAUAGGUGAGAUGCAGCAGUACCUCUACAGUGCUGGGAAACUCUUUUUCAGCACGCUCCUUACAGCUCGGGGGAAAGUCCUGCUUGUUGUAAAGGAUGCCUUAAGUAAAUUUCUGCCUGCCAAUGCCCACCAGCUGGCAUCUGGGAAGCUGCACAUCAUCCUCACCCGCCUGCGUGACUGGAAUUGCGUGGUGGUUUCAGAGUUUACUUCAAAGGAGGACAUCAUUCAGGCCGUGUUAUGCAGCUGCUUCAUCCCUCUGUGUUUUGGCUUUAUCCCUCCUCUGUACCACGGGGUGCGUUAUAUUGAUGGGGAAUUCGGCAUGUGGAAGACCAACUUCGUGUUCCAGACCACCAUCACUGUGUCUGCUUUAGCUGGUGAAUUUGACAUCUGUCCCAGAGACUGCCCAGUUCCCUUCUUCAUUUUCCAAAUAGUUGAUUGGAUUUUACAUAUAUCAGAACAAAACUUGUAUCGCAUGCAGUAUCUUUUCCAGUGUCCUUCAGCAAAAGUGAGCUGCUUCCUCAGGUACCCGGAGCCACGAGGCCCCUACAGCUGGCCCACCUGUCCUGACUGCCAUCUCCCUCCUGCAGAUGCAUUUGGUAUAAAAUACCUUCCUGAGAACUUUACACUUUCAUUGCACAAGGAAUUGCACAAGAAAGGUGAAGGGACCCUGCACAGGAAGCCAGGAACAGGAGUACCUUGCUCCAGAGCAACAGACACUCAGGACAUCACCAAGGAGAACACAGCAGGCAUUUGUUCAGCAGAUGAACUGGAGGAAGAAGAUAUGCUCCACCUCCUGCAACCCUCAGAAAGGGCCUUGCCAGCUACAGAAGAACAUUUUUGACACAGCUGCUGCCUUUGGCCCCAGUUCAUGUUUUAAAGAAAAAA